AAAGGCUUGUGACAAGCAACCUGAAAACCUCUGUAGUGUUUUUUCUCAUUAGAAGGCAAACAUGGCAGCCAGAGACUGGGUUUACGUUUCUUUUGUGGCAUUCUUUGCUGCCAUGGGUGCUUUCCUGUCUGGAUACAGCAUUGGGUCUUCCAAUGGACUGCAAAACUUCGCUGGUUAUCUAGAGUAUUUUGAUAUGGGGAACAGCUCUGCAAAUUCUAGCUGCACUGAAACGUCACACUUGAAGGAAGAUGACAGAAUAGCUCUGGUAAGAUGUAGUACCUUGAUGGUCGUCAUUCUUAUUUUGUCUUUACAGGGAGCCAUAAUUUCAAUCAUAAAUCUCGGAGGAGCAAUUGGUAGUCUCUUAGCUGGCAGAACUACUGAUUUUUUGGGCCGUAAAGUUACUCUUGCGAUGUCAGGAGUGCUGGUGGUUGUUGGAACAGCAAUACAGAGUGCUGCAGUACAGGGAGCACCAUGGAUGGUGAUCUUUGGUCGUCUUAUUAGUGGAAUUGGAUAUGGCUCAUUUUAUAUGGCUGGCCCUGUGUACAUUGCUGAGAUUGCUCCCAUGCAUAUUCGAGGAACCUUGACAUCUCUUGUCGGGCCAACCAUAGCAAUGGGAAUACUGACUGGCUAUAUCACCAACUACCUGCUGUACAAUCAGCUGUUUGGUUGGAGAGUGUCUCGUGUACUGGCUUGUGUUUUUGGUUUUGUCUACAUUGUCGGCAUGGCCUUGAUGCCCAGAACCCCAAGGUGGCUCAUGUUGAAGGGGAGAGAGUCAGAGGCACGAGAGGUGUUGAGAAAAACUGCCUCCAAGCUGGGACAGGAGGGAAUUGAAUCUGAGCUAGAGGAUAUUAGACAGACUUUGAAAUCAGCAACAAAGCAAAAUAUUGUACAAGAGAUCAAAUUAUUAUUGAAAUGGAGAAACCUUAAACGGGUCUUAUUGGGAGUUGCUCUUCAUUUGUUAUCAGCUGCUUGUGGAACUGCUAUAUAUUUCUACUCUGAGCCGUUGUUCUGUUCUCUGGGGAUAGUUCCGUUUGUGACUGCUCUUGUGAUUGGAGGAUUGACUCUCUGUGGAACCACCUUCACGACCAUAUUCAUAGACAAGAUUGGUAGAAAGCCGAUGCUGGUGGGAGGUGGUCUAAUGAUGUUUCUCCUCACUGGAGCAGCUGCUACACUAGUCUAUGCCUUCAAGUUGGAGGAAGAUAAGAAUGAUGUCGUCGGCUAUAUUGUUGUGUGUCUGGUCUGCCUCUUUAUGUUAGUCUACUCAUCCACCUGGUAUGUGAUUCCAUGGGUUGUUACCAGUGAGAUAUUCCCUUUGGAGGGACGAGGAGUUGCUGUAUCUAUCUCCACUGCACUUAACUGGCUGAUGGCAUACGUACUCACUCAAGCCUUUCCCUCUUUUCUGGCUUCCAUUCAAACAUUUGGCACCCUCUACAUGAUCAGCAUUAUCGACUUGGCUGCAGCUCUGUUCUUUUUUUUCCUACUGCCCGAGACAAAAGGCUUUAGUCUUGAGGAGAUGGACCAACAAUUUGAAAAAUCGUGGCGUGAGAGGAUAAGGAUAUCUUGUUGCUUCAGGUUUAGUCAUACCCGAGGUGUGGACGUAUCCACUCAAAAUGGUAUCCCUAAGAGUGAGAAUAAUGCUCUCAAUGGUGUGGUGAUGCUAGAGGACAACUCUGUAGAGCUUCAAGACACUAAACAAAAGAGUGAUUUUGUGGAGGAGAGUGACAAAGACUGGGGAGAUUGGGAACGAUAUGUGACAGAGUCUAGAAUUGUUAGCAAACAAAACUGUGUGAACGAACACAGUCCCUAAUUCUCAUGCUUUUGUUGACAAACAGGCUUUUGAUCAUUAUUACAUUUUGUCAAA